UUGGAAAAUUUAAUAAAGAAACAAGAUAGUGAAAUCCAAAAGCUGAAGACGCAGUGUAAGUAUUUUCAAAAUAUAUUCGAUGGAAACUUUUUUGUCAAAGAAUAAAUUUCUCCUACGGAAUCAAACCAUAUUUUUUAAGCCGGUUUUCUCCUUCAACCGUACCGAAACGUAUCAAAAACGUUUUUAAUUUUCAAAAUUUCGUGAAUAUUGAUUACUUAGUACUUCCGCAGUACGCCAAAAGGUUGACUUGCGACGAACUUUUUAUUUUGAUACGCGAAUACACCCGGAAGUACGUUAAUAUAUAUAACCUCUUUUCAAUCUGCGCAUGCUCACUAGUACUUUUCGCUACGAUACGGGUGAAGUGGAAAACCGGCUUCGAAUUCAGAGAGCUUAAACAUAGGACGUUUUUGACAAUACGAACGCCAAUCAGAAGUCAAUCGACGUUUUGUUUGAUAUAACGAACGUGAUAUUUCAUUAACUGGCGUUCUUGAUUUCAAGCAAGAACUGCUUAUACGUCAUCAUUCACCGUCAUUCCAUCAAUAACGGUUGUGCUGUCAAAAACAUCGCUUGUUUAAGCUCUCUAAUAAUUCAAAGGGAAACAAAAAUUCUGUUGUCUCGAGCGAUAUUCGCAUCUUCAGGUUCAACGGGUUUUUAAACAAUUUGAAAUAAUUUGUUUUUCACUAAACUAUAGAGAAACUCUCCGGAACCAGAAAUCCCUCAGCGUGAAGAUUAUAGCCUGCAUGGUAUCAGAGCGUAAUAAAAUACCCCAUGCAUGUUUACAGCGCCCUGAUAGUACACAUAUAUAGGGUAUCCGCUAAGGAUUACCCGACAGCCAGGCCGUCUACUAUGGAGUGCAUGAUGGGCUACGUAAAGAUAAAAAACUUAUUACAAACUCUCACGUGCAUUCUCUAUUUUCAUAAUGAUAGCUCUCAUCUAUUAAAUUAAUUUAGUUCUGCUCAAAGAAUGCUUCGGAUAUAAAUGGCUGAGAGAAAGCAACAGAAACCAGAAAUAUUCUCGGCUCGAAUACAAUUGUGACAAAAGUCUUUCAGGAUGGUACAGAUUUGGAGGAGGAGCUGGGAUCAAAAUACCGACAACAUGUGUAUUUAAAAACAGAUGUGGAACUCGUGCUACAGGUUGGAUGAAUGGUGCUCACCCUACAGUUGCUGAUGGCAAGGUGACCAGGAAAGUGUGUUACAAUUGGUCUGAUAAUUGUUGUCUCUGGUCAAAUAACAUCGAGGUUGUUAACUGUGGACAGUAUUAUGUUUACAAACUAAGCGCUCCUUCAGCUGGUUGUACUUUAAGAUAUUGUGGAUCAGAUAAUUGA